AUGGUCUCUAUGGUCGAGACCGGCUCCCGCUCCGAUCGCAAUGACGCCGCUAUGGAAUCGCUCGUCCCCAAAUCAGAGCCAAUAUACGCUACCUCGGAGGAGAGAAAACAACGCAAUCGACAGGCGCAGGCUGCCUUCCGAGAGCGUCGUACAGAGUACAUCCGUCAAUUGGAGACGACCAUCAAGCGCAAUGAAGAGUCCUUGCAGAGCUUGCAGCAGAGCCAUCGCAGUGCAGCCGAUGAAUGCUUGAUGUUGCGAUAUAAAAACUCCCUGCUAGAGAGGAUCUUGCUCGAAAAGGGCAUUGAUGUGCAAGCAGAACUGCGGCUGAAGACGGGAGCUCCCGGCACAUCAGCCAAGCCCAAUCCGCUGCCGACUAAAUCGGCCAUGCCUCGUCCGACGCAAAGGCAUCCGACAGGAGUGGCUUCCAAGCCCGAGGGCUAUACCAUGCCUCAGCGUGAAAGCACCUAUGGGGUUGCAUCGCCGCAGUUUCAGCCCACGCCGACAUCACACGUCUCCUCGCCCUCGCAUGCUAAAUCACCGGGCUAUGGGUUCCAAGGGGGAGGCAUGUCGCCCGUGGAUGUCAAUGGCCCGCCAAAUGGCCGUCCUCAAUUACUUCCUCAGCCUCGAACCUUUGCCAGUCAAUCCUCGCCUGGCGGGAUCAGCAUGCCCCAAACCGAUCCUCAUGAAAAAGCCCGGGGACCUCGCGGUGCGCGAGUCGCGGCAAACUACUAUCCAUCUCCUUUCCAAAAACACUACGAUCAAUUGGAACAAGAAUACGACGCCCAAGCCGACCUAGUGGAUGAAGAUCACGAAGGGCCCGUGAACGCCCCGUAUGUCCCGGGCUUUACACCCCAGUCAGUCACAUCGGGCUCCCACAACAUGACAGGGUACAAUCCACCCGCGGAAGGAACGCACGGGGACUACGGCAAUGCAAAUCAGCUCAUGGCUCAAUAUGAACCAAUGUUGGACGCUGACCCCUUUGGGCUAAGCGCUAGCAUGCAUUUCCCCACGCCUUUCAAUUACGAACAAAAUAAUUCCCGCCCGUGA